AUGCAGAACAACGGGUCGGACCCUGUUAUAGAUCCCGAUGCCGGUUGCGAUGACAUGUUCUUGCCGCAGCACUCGGUCUACCAACUCGGAUCGUUCAUAAUCUUCAAUGGGUUCCUGGUCCCGCCGAACGUUGGUAUAGCCCAGGCCCUGUGGCUCAGAUCGGCUUUGGUCAUUGGUGGGAUUUGCUACGUACUCUGGUCCGGAGCCGUUCUAUGUUGGCCCGAUGCUUUCGGCUGGAACAUGGCAUCGUUGUUGCUCAACCUAGCUCACCUUCUGUACCUUAUCUACCUCGUGUACCCGACAAACUUUGAAGAAGAGAUUGAGAAGGUGUAUGAGACCCACUUUAAACCGUUCAAUAUUACCAAGAAGGAAUUUAAAAAGAUCUUAGACUGCGACGGAGAAAUUUAUGAGCUAGAUGCAACCGGACGGUACGCGAUGGAGAACAAAUCGAGAACAGAUAGACAGAUAGCCAUGCUUCUAACAGGAAGAAUGAUUGUUUCCGCUGGAGGCCAAUUUCUGCACUACAUCCAUCCUACGCAGUUCCUUGAUUCCCCUGAAUGGGAGGCGAGCAGCGAUGGAACAAAGAGUAAAUUUCAGGUGACGAUCACGGCAGACGUCGACUGCCGGUACAUCCAGUGGCGACGUCGUAAGCUUGAGAACUUCCUCCGCCGCGAGCCCUUCCUUCGAUCCGUCUUCGAGACGACCAUCGGGAAGGACAUCACCAAGAAGCUCUAUGGCAUCGACGAGCCCAUGGAACAACCCAUAACACCAGCACGCAUUGACAAGGAAGCCGUCGAAGCCAGCGAGAAUGAUGUCGCCCAAUCUUCCGGUGCUGACCCAGUCCUCGAGACGGGCGACAACGAUUCCCAGGAGCUUCUUCGACACAAAUGGGAGAGGGUAGUAUCGGAAGACGAUGACUCCAGCACCCAUCAGCACCCAGGCGGCCAGGUCAGGGAAGGAGCAGGGCUAGGAAGUGGAGGGCCGGGUGGACCAUUGCAGGGGCGUCUCAGCAUCCCUGCUAGCCAUGACGGCACGAGUUCCGACGUCAGCGUCAAGUCGGCCCGGUCGAUCGUCGAUAUACGGGCCAGUAUAGCUUCGGGGAGAGGGGCGGCGGACUUCGGGUCGAGGCGAUCGCAACGGUUAGGAAGUUCACCCGAUGCGCAGUCCGGAGGAGAUGGAUCAUGGUGGCCAUUCUUCUGAGGGUCUGUCGAGGAUCGUCACCUCUAGGUGACUCCAAAGUCUCUACCUUCAACAGUGUUGAAUUGAUCAACGUUUGAUCAGCGCGGGAGAACAUGGUCCGUCCGAUCCCUUGAAGACGCGGGAAAACCAAUGAACUACUCAAAACUUAGGAAAGUCAUGAUGCCAUAUCCGUGGUUUCUUGUUCAGGGGACGCUGUCGACUUGGGCCAUCACUCUAAGGAGGUUCAACUGUAAACCUUUACCACUGUCACAGGGGGAAUGAUAGGAACAAGUCGGGUACUAUUGAAAUGUGCUAUUCUGUAAUAGAGGUUAAAUUGAGAGAGGCAAAUUCGGCAAGAGUAAAAAUGAAUCUGCCAAUUUUUACCUCAUGAGGCACUUGCAGUGUUAAAUCCCUUGCAUUUUCCUUUUACUUAUCGUUAGUGGGGGGGGGGGGGGGGGAUGCUGGCCCCCAAACGUAAAGGAAAAAAAGGGUUAACAAAUAUAUGUCAAAAUCUAACCCAAUUUCUUUUAUCAUGUUUACAAAAAGAAGAUUUUUGUUGCUUCUCUCCUUCGCCACUUAUUAAAAAAAAUUGCCAUGACCCAUGUUGUGUCCCCUCAUUACACAACUGCUCCCCCCCCCCCCCUCGGAAGAAAUCUUGCGUUCAGCUUUAACAUGUCAUUAUUUUAUUGCAUUAAAGAAAGUGUGAUUAUAUAUAUGAAUGUUUGCAGUGAAAAAAAUCCUUUUCAGGCCGUUUGGUAAUGUUAAUCGGCAGUUUCUAAAGGGGAAAUCUGUCUUUUCAGAAUAUUUGUGUUUUGACUCCCACUCUGACAUUUUGUGAUGGCAUAAUAUUCCAGACACAUGAAAGCGAACAAUGCUUAUGGAGGCAUUCAUUAGACUAGUUGAAAUUAAAUUUAUUAUGGACGUAUUGCUGUUUAAUUAGUGGAUUAUAAUCAUUUGUAUUAUAGAGAUAUGAUUUUUAUCAACUUGCAGAUAUUACUCAAGUCUUAUAUAAAUAGAUUAGACAUGAAAUAAAGUUUAGUGUUAGUAUAUACAUAGCACAGGAUCGAAUUGAGGAGAGUUGUAUUACAAUUGAAUGAUGAAAAAUGAUGAAAAUUAAGAUAUGUUGGUAUAUAUUCCUACAAUUAUUACAUUCAGUAUUUAAUAACAAAUACAUAAUGUUUUGGUGCUGCAGUGGUACUAUGUGGUGUACAGUGUAUAUAAUGUUUUACACUUGUUUGUUACCUUCAAAAAUUAUUUUUACAAAAAGGCAAUUAUCAGCCUAACUUUGCCUUAAUGGUGCACAAUAAUGUAUUAUCAAAGUUUAUGACAUUUCAUUACUUCCACAAUUAGAAAAUGAGCUUUGCACUUAGUAUACUUUAUCAAAUAUUCACAUAAGAAUUUGUAUGAUAUUGAAAAUGUAUAAAUUCAUUUGAUCCAUAUAGAAAAAAGUCCAGUGAUUUACAAAGUUGAAAACUGUGCAAAUGGAUGAAAGUAGUUUGUUUCCAAGCAACUUUCCCCUAUGAUUGUAUUGUUAUCUCAGUUGAUAAUGGAAAAAAGUUGUUUUCCCCCAGAUGAAUAAAAUAACCUGUACAAAUGUGAUUUGUAUGCGUUGACAAAAUCAUGUCCAUAUUCAUUCAAUAUUGCACAGACUUUGAAACUAAUCAUUCAGAGGUCGUUAGGUUUUUAAGGAAAGUAUUUACUGUUGCAAGGUAGAGUAAAAUUUCAAGAAGUACGUUUCAAUCAUUUUGCAUUUCAUCACCAAGUGCCUAAAUCUAAAUGCAUUGCUUGUACACGGCUUUUUAUAAAUCAUUAUUUAUAAAUAGAAGUCCGUCGAUUAGUACCUUUUACUAAUUGCAUCUGAUUGACAUUUAGAGAGCUCCUUGCAGGAUCAAUGAGCCUUUGAAUCCACUUUUAAAGAUCAGUUACUUCUUAUAUGAUAUAUAUUGUCGGUAGGUCUGUAUAGCAUGAAUUCUUAAACAUUAUCAAAGAUUUUAAAAUGAAUCACAAAAACAAUAUUUUGUUUUGAUUGCACCAUUUAGUGGAAUUGGUUCUUUUUGGACAGGAUUGAGCUACUUCUAUGUAUAUCUAAGGCGAUUUGAAGUAAAUGACAUUGUUUUUUUUUUUGAGUACUUGUGUUUAUUUCAUUUUAUUCUUUCACUCUCAUCCCUAGCAUCCUUUACCCACAAAUGUUGAUGUUCUUUCUUAUACGACAGUCACAUUUCCCCAACGGAAACAGCCGUUUUAAUCAUUUUUAUUCAAACCAUCUAUAUGUAGCUGGUUCAAAAAAUGUUAAAAUGGCCGUUUUCAACUCGCCGUACAGCCGCUGUAAGCAAAAUGUGACCAAGGUAUUAUAAACAUGUAUCUUCUCUCAGCACCAAGGACCCAUACCCUUUUCUCUCUCUUUUUAUCACUUUCUUUUGCUUGUACACUUGAAAAUGUACCCUGACCCAGUCCUUGCUCAUUUAAACACUUCUACAACAGUUUCAAUAGGCAACACCGGUUUACCAAUGGGAGAAGCAGGGUUGGGAUCAGCCCUUAUUUUUCAUGUCCAAGAAGAAAGGGAGAAAAAGAAAGAAAAACAAGGCAAAAUGGGCAAAACAUGAUAUUUUCUGAACUUUUAUGUCAAAAUUAAAAAUUACUUUAUUACAAAAUUAGAUAUUUUUAUUGAAAAGGUGACAAGAUAAUUUUGAUUUAAUUAUGUCUCAUGCAAAGUCAUGUUAUGUAGCAUAUAUUUCAUAAUUGAAGGUGUAAAAUAAUAUUCAUUCUCCAUUUUGGGGAUAUAUUGUUUAACAAUUUAGCAGAUUAUAGAAUAUUGAAUAAGAUUUUAAUGAUUGAUCUAUGACUUAACAUAAUACAAAUGGCAGCCCAGAAGAUUUAUGCAUACACUCUAUUUUUCUAUUUUUCAAAUACACCAAGUUGUAAAUUAGACCAUUAUGCCCAAUGUGCCCCUCUCCGGAGUGGAGUGCCUCGACUGUGAAUUUAAUAGUUGCCAAGAGUAUAUAAGAGACGAUGCAUUGCCGAGGUAGCAUUUAUAACAGCCCCCAAACUGAUUGACCGAUUUCCCUACUUGAUCCAUUUAAAUACAAUGUUCCAUUUAUUCUACUCCCCAUUACCUUGACUUCCCAAUCUUCUUGGUUAUUCUUCCCUUUGUCCCUCCAUCUGUCAUGCUCUCUCCCAUAACCCUCAAACUAUCCAUUUGAUACCACACCCCCUAUUUCAACCCUACAUUGCUACAUCCAUUAAUUAUUUACCCUCUGUAGCUUCCUCCCUUCCAAUAGUGCCAAAUCUCUCUGUUACACCAAUCUCCUUCACACCCUUAAUUCACAAAUUCACCAUGACAGAUGUGUUCUAGAUUCCUUUGGUUUUUUUUUCUUCGAGUAAAAGUUUGCAAGAAAAGUAUCAAUUU